AUGCGCCUCAUCAACUGCUCAACACUACAGCUGGAAGAGUUCCUCGGCACGGAUAUCCCGCGCUAUGCCAUUCUCUCGCAUACCUGGGGCGAUGGAGAGGUGUCGUUCGCCGAUUUUACCUCGGGUCAACCUACUGUCCGAUCUGGCUACCAGAAGAUCAUUUUCACUUGCCAGCAGGCUAUCAAGGAUAAAAUCGGCUACGCAUGGGUAGACACCUGCUGUAUCGACAAAAGCUCUAGCGCAGAGCUUUCCGAGGCAAUCAACUCUAUGUUCGCCUGGUAUCAGAAGGCGGUCUACUGUUAUGCAUAUCUUCCCGAUGUCUUGGCGGCCAAUAUGGACCAGGAUUUCCCUAAGAGUAGAUGGUUUACACGGGGAUGGACACUCCAGGAGAUGUUGGCCCCAACAACGGUUUUCUUCUACGAUCAACAGUGGGUUGAAUUGGGCUAUCGGGAUGAGCACGCCGAGCAGAUAUCGAAGAUUACAGGAAUAGAUGAGGGGGCUUUGUGUAUUAAACGGGCGUACGGGGACAACAAAUUCGGUUCCUAUUGCGUCGCGACGAGGAUGUCAUGGGCUUCCACGAGGCAGACGACACGUGCUGAGGACAUGGCCUACUGCCUCCUCGGGAUCUUCAACAUCAACAUGCCGCUUCUGUAUGGAGAAGGUGACCGGGCAUUUCGUCGUCUCCAGGAGGAAAUUGUCCGGAAGAUCGAUGACGAUUCCAUCCUUGCUUGGUCUCUAUCGCCCAGGAUAGAUUAUCCUGGUCCUCCAGGUCUUCUACGACGUGAUACAAGGGACGACCUGUGCAGAACAACUAACGUCGACUUUUUGGCUCGCUCACCAAAAGACUUCAAAGACUGUGCCGACUUGACUCGCGCUACGGAACCAUCCACUCUAUUUACACUAACCAAUACUGGCCUACAAAUCCAACUACCAAUUGUGCGGGUC